AUGUGGGACACCGCGGGUCACGAGCUGUUCCGCGCCAUCACGUCGUCGUACUAUAGGGGCGCUCACGGAGUGGUUGUCGUGUAUGACGUGACGCGCGUCGAGUCGUUCAAUAAUGUGAAGCCAUGGCUGGAAGAGAUCGACCGCUACGCCAGCGACGACGUCAACAAACUGGUGGUCGGCAACAAAUGCGAUCUCACGGCCGACAAAGUGGUCGACUUGGCCGCCGCCGAGGCGUUGGCCGAGAGUCUCGGCGUUCCGUUUCUGGAGGCGUCGGCGAAGAGCGCGACAAACGUGGAUCAGGCCUUCCUCACGAUGGCCGCACACAUCAGGGCCCGAAUGGGACCGGUGUCGGGGGUGGCGGCCCAGAGCCGACACACCAUCACUCCCGGCCAAACCAAAGACAUCUCCGCCCAGAGUGGCGGUUGUUGUUAUUUGUAA